UUCAUAAAAGACUGCAUGGAUCUGAUGGAAUAUCUCUGUGAGAAGAGCACGUGCUUCCUGCCAGCUGCUUAGGGUUCUCCUUCAGUGACGGAUUUAUGGAAAAUAGUGAUCCAUACUUUUAGCUGAAGGAAUGCUGUUUGGUCUAUUUAGCAUGCCUGUUUUCAGGUCACUGUCCCACAUCUCCCUGUGGGAUCAUACAACAGUUUUGUGGAAAACUCACACCUUUGACUCCAAUCUAGAAGGGAGUUGCACAAACAUGUGGGCAGGUCAUUACUGUGAUGCACAUGAAAGAUGGCUCCUUUGCCAGUAGUAAAUUUCCAUGUGACCCAAAACCAGGACAAAACAAUCUAAUGGAAUUCUCCUACUCAGGUUGAAGAGGGUGCAAUAAGCCUGUGGAACUGGGCUGUGACCAAACACACGGGUUCUGUUGUCAAUGAUGAGCAAAGAGCUAAAUUACGGUUUGUUGCCUGCAGGUUGGUGUGCCUUUGUGAAGGCAGUGAUCCUCCGGAGGCAACUAUCCGAAGACAGAUUUUGAUGUCUAUGAAAACUGGAAAAGGAUGGAUAGAUAUUGGAAAGCCUGAUCUUGCUGAUGAGUUUCUGGAGAUUGCAAUGAGUAGUAUAGAAAAACUGUAUGCGAAGUUACUUGAGGGGAGCGAUGGUGAAGCAGAUAUUCAUGUGCACAAAGCUGAUGUGGAGAAGCACCUCUUCAAAGUACUUUCUUAUCAGGCUGAAUCAGGAGUUGCUCAAGGGGAUUUUCAGAAAGCAGUGAUGUGUGUGCAGCGCUGCAAAGAUAUGUUGAUGAAAUUGCCAAAAGAGACCUGUUACUUGUCAAUCCUCUGUUACAAUUUUGGAGUGGAAACCUAUGAACUGAAGAGGUAUGAACAGAGCUCCUUCUGGCUCAGCCAGAGCUAUGACAUUGGGAAGAUGGACAUAAAAUAUUCUCUUGGCAAAGAAAUGCAGGCUAAAGUGCUGCGGUUGUUGGCUACAGCCUAUUUCGAGUGGGAUUGCAGUCUGUAUCUUGACAAGGCAUUGAAAGCUGUGAGCUUGGCAAAUCAGGAGGAUUUGCAUCCAGCAGGGUUCUUCUUGAAAGUGAAAAUCCUUCUUAAAAGUGGAGCACCAGAUGAAGAUAUCAACUCAGUUGUUGCAGAAUUUCUGCACCAUGAGAUGUCUUUAGACUUUUGCCUGAAUACUGCCAAACUGCUGCUGGAGCAUGGAAGGGAAUCAGUUGGUUUUGACUUUCUGAAGUCUGUUUCUGAACGAUUUGAAUCUUCACCUAACCAUGGAAGAAUUACCCUGCUCCACAUUGAGUUCCUGCUGCAGAGUAAGAGAGAGCUGCUUGCUAAGCAGAAGGUUGAAGAAGUUAUUAUAGGUCAUUAUACUGGGAAACAGCUGUUGCCUGAAGCCUUGAACCGGCUGCACAUCAUCUUGUGGGACAUGGCUGCCAAACAUUACGAGGCAAAAAGCUAUUCUGAAGCUCUUCACUGGUACAAUUAUUCUGUCAGCUUCUACACCCCUGGGCAGAUAGAUCAGAACUUGGCUAAGCUGCAGAGGAACAUGGCUUCUUGCUAUCUUCACCUGAAACAAGUUGACAAGGCUAAAGAGGCAGUUAAAGAAGCAGAGAGAUGUGAUCCAAACAGCAUCUUUACUAAAUUCAGUGUCUAUAAAAUUGCAGUGAUGGAGAAAGAUACUAAUAAAGCUGUGGAAGCAGUUAUUGAAAUGGGGAAGCUAGCAGAAAAGUCAUCUCAACAUGAAGACAAGCUGAAAGGGGAGGAAAAUACAGGCACUAACCUCCUGAGUUUAGCUGCCCAGAUUGCUUUAGAGAAUGAGCAGCAAGUUGUGGCCAUCAAAGCCUUGGAGUAUCUGGCUGAACAUUUACAAGACUGCCGACAAUUAUUUGCAGCUUUAAAAUGUUUGGUUCGUCUUAUGUUGUCAAAGGUCAUGGCAGAAAAUGAAGAGAAAAGAGAUGAAGAUAUCAACUCGAUGCUUACUUACUUGACUUUGGCUCACAAGAGACUUGCUGAGUCUUUCACAGAUGAAAAGCUUACAGGGGACAUGAAGGUCCUCGAAGCUCACUGGUUUAGGAAAGUUGCUUGGAACCUGGCUGUACAGCUCAAGGGCUGCCCUGGAAAGAUGAGGGAUUUUUUCCUACUGUCAUUCAAGUUGUCCCAGUUUUGUCCUUCAGACAAAGCUGUUCUAAUUGCCCAGAAGACAUGCCUGUUAAUGGCAGCUGCAGUUGAUCUGGAAAUGGGGAGACAACCACUACCACCUUCUGAACAGGUGGAGCUUUUGAGUCAGGCUCUUCAGCACCUCCAGGCAUGCAAGGAGAUCUGGAAAAUUCUGAAGCUCACAGGAGAUUUUGCUAAAGACCCAACAGACACAUUGCUGCUGCUUUAUGAAUUUGAAGCAAGAUCCAAACUGAAUGAUCCAGGACUCCACAACCUUAUGGAGUCAGUUUGGGAGCAACCACAAAUAGAGGUCAAGACACUAGAAAUUAUUGCAUCAUUAGCAAUGGAAUCUCCAGCUCGAUAUCCUGAACUGUGCAAGAAAGCUCUCAAGAGUGCAUUAAACCUUCACAGAAAGCAGACUGUCAUUGAUGUUGAGAAAUUCAGCAAAUGCUUACAUAGUUUGAUAAAUCUCUCUUUACCAACUGGAUUAACAGACCUGGAUGCCUGUGUACUGCAGGAGGUGUGGGACUACUUUGAAGAUGGUCUGAGCAUAAUCAGCAGCACAGAUGCUUACCCAGAGAUGGAGAUCCUUUGGUUGAUGACAAGAGCAUGGAAUACAGGAAUAUUUCAGUAUACUGUUGGGAAAUGUGGGGAAGCUGAGCAGUGGUGUGGAUUAGGAAUGCGCUUCCUCAAUCACUUAGGAUCUCUGAAGAAAACCUAUGAAGGCCAUAUGAUUGGCCUUUAUAGUGAGGUUCUGGACAAACUGGACAGAGCAAAAGGGUUUCUUUCAAAUAAGCAAGAAUAAUGAGAGUCACAACUGCAAAAUGGAGGACAGGAGUGUCCCUUGGAAACGUUCUGCUGGAUGGAAGAGGCCAUCAGCUCUGUGGAGGCGGCGUAUCAGGGGAGCAGUGCAAGAGAAGCCAGGAUCUCCUUGUUAGUGAUUAAGCUAUGUACUUUAAAGGAAGUCUUUGUUGAGUGAAUGGAAUUGUUUUCCUCUAGGCAAUAGUUUUCAUUCU